GAAGAAGAGAAAAAAACACGUGUUGCUUGUAAAAUAAUUUCUUCUGUCAAUCCAUCCAUUAUGACGCAAGUGGCAAACAGCUCUUCAAAUAGCAGCAACUCAGGGACUGCAAGUAUCGUAGUGACGUAUUCUGUCGUCGCUAGCUUUGCUGCUCUUUUCUGCUUGUUUGGAUUGUUAGGAAAUGCAGUUGUUAUCUGGAUUCUUUCAUUUAAGAUAAAGAGGACCAAGUACACUGUGUAUAUUCUCAACCUCGCUGUUGCUGACUUUAUUUACCUUAUCUUUGUUGCCGUUGUGAUGCUCCUAAUGGUCUCUCAAAUGAUAAGUCGCCAUAUGCACAGUCAGGAAUUGCUACUUGCUCUAGAAGUGAUGUAUGACUUUGGAUAUGCCGCAAGCAUGCUCUUCCUGACCGCAAUAAGUGUUGAGAGAUGCCUUUCUGUCCUCUUCCCCAUAUGGUACAAAUGUUACCGGCCCAAGCAUUUAUCAUCCUUCACCUGUGGCUUCAUCUGGAUGUUGGGUGCCCUCUUGUCCCUACUUGAUAAUUUUGUUUGUCCUGCAGAAUCCUUUAAAAUUAUGACUAAGGAAUGCACUGGAGUCCAAGUGUUUUCCACCGUUCUUACAUUUGUUUUCAUCAUUCCUUUGAUGCUCUUAUCCAGUUUUAUCCUUAUAUAUAUUGUCAAAUCCACAUCCCAAAAAUCGCGACCUCCAAAAAUUUACGUGGCCAUAAUACUCACUGUUAUGAUUUUUCUCAUCUCUGUGGCGCCAAUCAGAUUGCUAUGGUCUUUACUCUACUUUAAAUCAUUUGCAAACACAAUGUCUGCACUGGCCUUCUUCUUCACUAGUACAUACUGUACUGUGUUCAAUAGCAGUGCCAAUCCUUUCAUAUAUUUUUUUGUGGGCAGGCACAGGAAAAAAAGGUUUGGCGGUUCAGUCAAUGAAGCUCUUACUAGAGUGUUUAAGGAUGAUGACACUGAACAGUCAUCUCUUGGAAAUAGCACUAGCAUGAAGUAAAGAUAUAACAAAGUCAGUUUCUGGCCAAUAUUAGGAGGAUUAUCCUCAUUGUUUUGGGAUUUAUCCUAC